CUUUUGUACAGUACCGACCUGACUUCAUAACAUUUUUAUGGAAGAUCGGCUUUCUAAAAACGAUCGACCCGGCAUGCAGAAGAUGAGCCUGUUGUCCCCGCUGGUGUGCGUGGUCCUGGACCUGUGCGUGCUGCGUGCCCUGCGCCUGGCCCAGCUGUCGCCCCUGCUGGGGUCGCGGCCCCUGGCCACCCUGUGGGGGGCCGCCGUGGCCCGGGCCGCCCUGCUGGCCGGCCUGGCCUGCACCUGCCCGGGCAGGCUGCCGUGGAUGAGCAGCCCCGCGGCGCUCCGCAGCGUGGCCGUGCUCUGCUUCCACUUCCCCGUGUACGUGACCGCGCUGGGGGCGAUGGGCCGGUCCACGCUGGAGGAGCUGUGGGGCUGGCACUCGUGGGAGAGGCUGUUGCAGGGUUACGUGGUGACGGCAGUGGCCGGGCUCUACUGGACUCGCUACGUCUCAGCUAAGCCUACGAGGAAGCCGUCGCAGAAGCCCGGACCGGACGCCAGUGCCGCCCUGAAGAGGCUGGUGGGAUUCAUGAAGCCGUACCUGGGACGCUUUGUUAUCGUGUUAGUUCUCGUGGUUGGGUCGUCUUACGGUGAGAUGGCCAUCCCUCAGUACACGGGUCACAUGGCUGACUGGAUCCAGGACGAAGGGUCAUCUGAUGCGUUCAUUCAGGCCAUCACAGUCAUGACACUAAUGACAAUCGCCAGCGCUGUGUUCGAGUUUGUGUGUGACCUCAUCUACAACAUCACCAUGAGCCUCAUACACACCUCGGUGCAGGGAGCCGUCUUCCAGGCUGUGCUCAAGCAGGAGAUCGCUUUCUUCGACUCCAGCUCCACAGGCGAACUGGUGUCCCGCAUUACCACGGACACCAACGACAUGAGCGAGGCGCUGAGCGAGAAGCUGAGUCUGCUGAUGUGGUACGCGGCGCGCUUUGCCUUCCUCUUGUUCUUCAUGCUGAGCCAGUCGUGGAAGAUGACGCUGCUCACCUGCAUGGGGCUUCCCAUCAUCUGGGUCAUCCCGGAGGUCACCGGACACUUCCACCAGACCAUCGCUGUGAAGGUUCAGGACUCGCUGGCGAAGGCCAACCAGGUUGCCACGGAGACCUUCGCCUGCAUGAAGACAGUGAGGAGUUUCGCCAACGAGGAUGGGGAGACGGAGAAGUACAGGAAGCGGCUGGAACACACUUACUCCCUCAAUAAAAAGGAAGCAGCAGCGUACGCAGCUUCCACCUGGGCUAACAGCAUGACCACAUUGGCCUUGAAAAUAUUUAUCCUGUACUACGGAGGGACGCUUGUGACCAGGGGGGCUGUCAGCAGCGGAGACCUGGUUUCCUUCGUUCUCUACGAGCUUCAGUUUGCCUCCGCGGUCGAGGCUGUCAUGCGCUAUUACCCAGAGGUGAAGAAAGCAAUCGGCGCCUCUCAGAAGAUCUUUGAAUACUUGGAUCGGAAGCCUGUGGCGCCCCCUUCGGGCAGCUUGGCCCCUGGGGAUCUUAGUGGCCAUAUUGAGUUUAAAAAUGUGAAGUUUUCCUACUCAGGGAAGACGGAGGAGAACAGCCUUGUGCUUAAGGGACUGUCUCUGGAGGUGAAGCCGGGGCGAAUCACUGCCAUCGUGGGACUGAACAGAUCGGGGAAGUCCACUUGCGUCAAGCUGCUGGAGAGGUUUUACCAGCCGCAAGAAGGGGAGAUCCUACUGGACGGCAAGCCCCUGCAAAGCUACGAAGACCAGUACCUACAUGACAAGAUGGCGGUGGUGAGCCAGGAUUGCGUGCUGUUUGCUCGCUCCGUACGGGAGAACAUCAAGUACGGCUACGAAGACGCCUCUGACGAGGAGAUGUUCAGAGCUGCCGAGCAGGCCAGCGCCCACAACUUCAUCUUGGAGCUGCCGAAGGGCUACGACACAGAUGCCGGGGAGAAAGGAGGCCAAGUGUCUGGGGGACAGAAGCAGCGCAUCGCCAUUGCCAGAGCUCUGAUCAGAGACCCAAAAAUCCUGAUCCUGGACAACGCCACCAGUGAUCUGGACACGGAGAACGAAUAUCAGGUCCGCCAGGCGCUGUCCAACCUGGCCAGGAGCCGCUCGGUGCUGAUGAUCGCCAGCAAGAUGAGCGUCGCAGAGAAGGCCCAUCACAUCAUUGUCCUCGACAACGGGACGGUGAAGGAGGAGGGAAGUCAUGACGAGCUGAUGAAGAAAGGAGGUCUUUAUGCCGAGAUGGUAGAAAAGCAGAAGAAGGGCUUCCAGCGCCAACAAGAGGACUCACAGUGACAUGUUUGAGUGGCAAAGAAAAGGUUCGAGGCAGCUGGUUUGAAGAGGUCGAAACAUAAACAUUUGUAUUGUAAAGACUUACUUUGAUAAGAAAUUAGGCUUUUUACUACAAAUGUUUGAACCACUAAGACAAUUGCACCUUAAAAGAUGGUGAAACUGCUCCAGACCGGGACAGUUAGAGUCCUCUCAGCAUAAUUUAUUGUCAAAAUGUACAAAAAAAUGCUUCCCGCUAAAAUAAACCAGCAAGGAAUGUAAAUGCUCUGUUCAGAACAAUAAUCAUCAGACGUCAGUAAUUCAAUCAAGCUGUCUGGUUUAAAGUAUUAAAUUGAAUUAAUACUUUAAUUCAAUUCAGUUUAAAUGCAGCUUCAUUUAUAAAUCACCAAAUCCUGACAAAUGUCAUCUCAAGACUUCAACAAUACAGCUCGACUCAUUCCAACUUAGUCCAAUUCAUACAGAGCCAAUAAAAAUAAAAUGACAUCUAUAUUUGUGUAGCUACGGAAACCAACAGAUUGCAUCAAUACUUAAAGGCAGCAGUUCAACAUCUGGAGUGCAGAGGUGCUCCUUCACAGUAACAUGUCCAGGAUUACAACUAAAAAUAUUUCAGACACCUCCAGCACCGGAGUAGGAGUCUGUUGCUUCUGCGUCGCUGCUGCAUGGCCGAACUACCAAGACAAAACACUGUGUACACCGAUGGUUUUAUUCAUGAAAACGUUUCCAAAGGUCUCUGAUAGUUUGAAGGUACAACUGAGUGAAGACAGCUGACCCCCAUCAUUUUUUUUAUCUACACUUUAUUUAUUUAAUCAGUGUGCUGGAAUACAACUUUAACAUAAUCAAACAAUAGAAACUUCUCAACUUUGGCGUGUACGAAGCUCAAACAUAAAGGCUUACGGGUUCAGGAGCUCUCUGAGACCUGCGUGUUGAUGUCGACUGAGAAAGGAAAUACAUAUGUCACAGGUAACAACAGUAACAGUUUAAACUUACUAAUUACAAUAAGAUUGUGGAAACUGACUCUUAAUUCAUACAUUUUUCACAACAUCGUAAAUGACUGAAAACACUUGUGAAGAGCCAGUGGAAUUGCAAUUAUAUACGUCGGAAAUGGUCCCAUCCAACAGAUUUGAGGUAUUUUAUUUUGAAAAUUUUCAGGUGUUUCUGAUCGUGUCGGUGAGUCUUUUAUAUUUGUAAAAUAGUUACUUAUUUUUCUCCUGUACUUUGAACCUGUGAUGUGUUCAUUUGUUCUU